GUGUUUUCACGUUUAUUCAAUAUGGGUUGAUAGUUGUAUAAUGGCUAUGUGAACAAUAAAAAGGACCCGCAUCGUAGAAUGUGGGAUCGAUAUAGUCUUUUUCAAAUUCCGCUCCAAGCAAGGCACAAAACAGACGUGAACUCUUUUUUUUCUUCUUUCUGUUAAUCCAAUGCAUGCACAAACUCAAGCAUGAGUCCCUCGUCCUCUUACCAUUAUGAACAUUUGCAAUCUCGCGAACUGGAGUCGGCUUUCGAACUGGACGAUGCAUAUAAUAGCGCAUUGGAUCAUGAUCCGCCUGGUUCUCUUCCUGAUGAAGACGAUGACGCUGCCUCUCUGCUGUCGGAUCACCACGAUCAGCAAACAUUGCUGCCAUCCACCCACCAUGCCAACAGCUCAUCGACAUCUGUCUUUUCUUUUGACGUCAUUCCGAUGAUACCACUGACCCAAACCCAAGCAAGAGCACCGGAACUACAAAAGAAAGUAUCCUUUUUUAACGGUCUGAGCUUGGUGAUAGGCGCCAUGAUUGGCAGUGGUCUGUUUAGUUCUCCAGGUCCUGUUUUGGAAGCCACUCACAGUGCGCCUGGUACGGCUUUGGUGAUAUGGUUUAUUUCAGGGUUGUUGGCGUUGUCAGGUGCAUUAUGUUAUGCAGAACUGGGGACCAUGCUGCCAAUGAACGGAGGCGAAGCCGUUUAUCUCAACCGUGCGUUUGGCAGCUUAGUGUCUUUUAUGUUUGAAUUUGUGAGCAUCGUAGUACAAAAGCCUGGAUCCAUUGCUAUUGUUUGUAUUGUUUUUGGUGAAUACGUUUCAAGGAUUGCAUAUCAUACCUACUUCUUCAAAAUACCCCAUGAUACCGAUGCAUCCGUGGAACUCGCCGACGCCGUUAUUCCCGGCUUUCUCCCCAAACUUCUCGCCAUUGUCAGUCUCCUGAUCUUGAGUGUCAUCAACGCGUUUUCUAUCCGUGCCGGCAUCCGUGUGCAGGAUGUAUUGACAGUGCUCAAGGUUCUCACGGCCACCGUCAUCUCGGUGAUCGGCUUUGUUAUUUUGGCCAAGGGUCCCAUCGCAGGCAACAGCUUCCAAGUCGAAGCUCCUUUUGCAGACAUUGAUGUCAUGACCUACGGACAAUACGCUUUGGCAUUUUAUUCUGGGCUCUGGGCUUACGAUGGAUGGAACAACCUCAAUUAUGUGGCAGGUGAAAUGAACAACCCUCAUCGAGAUUUACCUCGCGUCAUUAUGUUUGGCAUUCCCACUGUUAUUCUGGCCUAUCUACUGGCGAAUGUGGCCUAUCUAGCCGUUCUGCGCCCUGAAGUCAUCAUGCAUACCAAUACGGUAGCCAUGGAUUUCGGUAAAAAGCUCUUUGGCCCCACCGGCGGAAUUCUCUUUGCUGUUUGUGUCGCGCUCAGUUGUUUUGGCACGGCAAACGCUUCGGUUUUCACGGGUGCCCGUAUCAUUUAUGUGUCGGCAAAGCAAGGACAUUUGCCUGGAUUCUUUGGGAAACUGAACACUUCGCGUCAGACUCCGUUGACGGCUAUUUUGUUGCAAGCAGGUUUGACUACCCUGCUCAUUUUGGUGGGUUCAUUCCGCGGACUGGUCAACUUUUAUUCUCUAUGUGCAUGGUUUUUUUAUUUUUUGGCCGUUCUAUCCUUGUUGAUCCUCAGAUAUAAGGAACCCGAUCUGAAGCGCCCUUAUCGCGUCUGGUUAUCUACUCCGGUACUCUUUUGUGUUGUAGCCUUGUUCUUGUGCACUACACCAUUUAUCGAAGCGCCCUUUGAGAGCUUGGCGGCGUUGGGCUUCGUUCUACUGGCGAUCCCUAUCUGGCUCAUCCACGUGAAAUAUCGUCAAGCAAUAGCAAACUUUUGGCAUGAUAUCGUUCGACGGUUCCAGAGGCGUUCUAAGGAGUAUCAGAAUAUGGAGAUGGUGUAUACGUAGUUUUUUAUGUAUCCUCACUGACAUUAUAAUUCGCAUUUUUGUUUCUUGUUGUUUUUGUUGUUAUUAUUGUCUUCUAGUUUAUGUUAUAUUGUAUUAUCUCCCUCCAUUCCCCUUUUCAUCCCUCACAUAUCCAUCACAAAUAUCAGCUUCAUCAAGACCGUGCACUUUUCCUUUCUAAAAAAGCAAAAUUAACCAUACAAGGGCAGCCAAUCUCCUCUUCAUUU